GUUUCCUCUGUGACACGCUGAGAGUCUGCAGCAGCGAGUCUGCAGGUCUGGAAUGAGCUGAGGCGCUGGAUGAAAAGUGACCACCGGCACAAAUGUGAAGAGACAGCUGCCCGCCAUGGAGCCGAGGAGAUCAGUGUCAUCCCCGCAGGACCGUCCGGCGCCUCGGUGGAGCGUGGCCUCCGAGUCCGGUCUGCACUACGGCUCUUUCGGAAACAGCCUCUCAUCACUCACACCGAACGCAGAGAGCGGCCCAGCGGCGCCCUCCAGACGGGACUAUGUGGCCGUGGCCGUGCUCUGCUACAUCAACCUGCUCAACUACAUGGAGCGCUACACAAUCGCAGGAGUUCUUUCCAACAUUCAGGCCUUCUUUGAUAUAAGCGACAGCACAGCUGGACUCCUGCAGACAGUUUUCAUCUGUAGCUUCCUGCUGUUGGCCCCUCUUUUUGGAUACCUGGGCGAUCGCUACAACCGCAAAUACAUCAUGAUUGGAGGUUUGAUCAUUUGGCUCACGACUGCAGCGGCCAGCUCUUUCGCCGGCGUGUCGCAAUUCUGGCUCCUCAUGCUGCUGCGGGGGCUGGUCGGCAUCGGGGAAGCCAGCUACUCCACCAUCGCCCCCACAAUCAUCGGUGACCUCUUCACGGGGGGGAAACGAAGUGUCAUGAUCUGUAUUUUCUACAUCUUCAUCCCCGUUGGCAGCGGUCUGGGAUACAUAGCAGGUGCAGGCAUUGCUGCUGUCACAGGGGACUGGCGCUGGGCCCUGAGGAUCACUCCGAUCUUAGGUGUUGUGGGACUCGCCCUGUUGGUCUUCUUAUGCCCGAACCCACCCAGAGGGGCUGCAGAAACCCUCGGGGAGGGCAUCACGGAGCAGAGCUCCUACCUGGAGGACGUCAAGUAUCUCCUGAAAAUUAAAAGUUACGUGUGGUCCUCUUUGGGGGUGACAGCUCUGGCCUUCCUCACUGGAGCGCUGGCCUUCUGGAUGCCCACCUUCCUGUCCAGAGCUCAGGUCGCUCAGGGCCUCAGGCCGCCGUGCGUCAAGGAGCCCUGCGACUCCACCGACAGUUUUAUCUUCGGUGCGGUGACGGUGGCGACGGGCAUUCUGGGAGGAGCGCUCGGCACGACUUUGUCUCGCCGGUACAGGGAGAAGUUCCCGAACACGGACCCGAUCAUCUGCGCAGUGGGCAUGAUCGGAUCGGUGCCCUGCCUCUUCAUCAUCAUCUUCGUAGCUUCAGCCAGUAUUCCAGCAACUUAUGUGUUCAUCUUCAUUGGUGAGUGGCUGCUCUCUCUGAACUGGGCCGUAACGGCAGACAUCCUGCUGUGUGUUGUUGUGCCAACCAGGAGGUCCACAGCUGAAGCCCUGCAGAUCACAGUGGGUCAUCUUCUGGGCGAUGCUGGGAGUCCGUACCUGAUAGGAGUGAUCUCCGACGCAAUACAAGCAUCAAAACCUGAAAGCAGUGACUGGAGCUUCCAGAGCCUGAAGUACAGCCUCCUGCUCUGCCCGAUCAUCGGCGUCCUCGGCGGAGUGUUCUUCGCCGUUGCCUCUCUUUACGUCACCGGGGACAGAGAAGCAGUUCAGCGGCUGUUCGAAGGAGAUGCCAAUACACAGCAGGCAGCCACAUCUGCAGCCACCAUAGAGCUGGAAAACAAGAAAAAUGAGGUGGAAAAAAGUCCCGACGCAGCUAAAGGUGUGGAGAACGAGUCGUACAUCCCCACAUGAACGCCUUCAAAGUGCCGCCUGUAUUGUACACGCCUGAGGUCAGAGUAAAGUCAGCUUCAUUUGCACAAGCAUAAACUGUUCUCCUUGUUAAGCACUUCAAAAUGCCUGUAAGGUGUCAUCUGACUUACCUCCCAUCCUGACACAAACACCUCAGUCUAGUUUCCUGUUCACACUCUGAACAUCACUUUUAGUUUCAGUGCAGAAUACUUGAAACGAAAAUGCAGCUCAAAAAUGUUUGAAUAUAAAUGUUUGUCUAUACAUUUGAAUAAGUAAGUUCCAAAGUGUUUCUGUCUUUCAAACACUGAAUUUUUCAUGCUGUCUGCUGCUGGUAAAUUAUCUUUCUUGUUUCUUAUGUCUGUUUUGAUUCAGUUAUCUUAAUAUUGUGAAAAAAAACUGUAUUCAGGGUUGAAUUGUCAAGAAAAACAGAGUUUGUAUUUUUCUUUUUUUGAAAUAAAAUGUUGAUGAA